AUGGCGCUGCCGCAGCUGCUGUCUGCGGAGGGCGACCUCAGAGAUCGGCCGUUGACGGUAGACGAGGCAUCCUGGCUGGCGUCGCUCAUAAUCGUGACCACGCUCGUGUUCGUUCCCGUGUUCUCGGCGGUCAGUGCACACAUCGGCCGCAAAAUGCUCGGAUAUGUCGCGAUAACUCCGCUGCUGGCCAGCUGGACCAUCAAGGUGUUCUCGACUUCCAUUGAAGCCCUCUAUGUAGCAAGGGUGCUGGCCGGUGCGCAGAGCGCCGGUUCGCUGAUGCUGACGACGCUGUACGUCAGCGAGACGACCAGCGACGAGGUGCGGGGCAGGUUGGGCUGCCUGCUGCCCCUGCUGUGCAACAGCGGCCUGCUGUUCGCUUACGUCAUCGGCGCCGUUCUGCCUUACUACACCGUGCUGUACGUGAACCUCGCUCCUGCAGCCAUCUUCAUCAUCUGUUUCGCCUUCAUGCCUGAGACUCCGUACAGGUUGGCAGCCGUUCAUCGGUACGAGCAGGCGAGAAAGGUUCUGAGGUGGCUGCGUCGAGGGAUCUCAGAGGAACAGGUGGAGCAUGAGAUGGCACGCAUACAGGCAUCGCUGGCCGGAAGCAAAGAAGGUGGGACGGGACGCGUCACCCUCAAGGAACUAUGCUCCAGGGCCUCGCUCAGGGGCUUCGCCAAUGCCAUCAACCUAGGCACCAACCUGCAGCUCUGCGGUUCCUUCGCUGUGCUCAACUAUGCUGUCAUCAUGUUCGAUGAGGCUGGAGGAUCCGUACCCUCCGAGGUGGCAACAAUCAUCUUAGGUGCUUUGCAGGUUGUUGGCGGUCUGGCGUCCGCUCUGGCGAUGGAUCGCCUCCGUCGACGACCCCUACUGUUCCUCUCCAAUGCGGUAAUUGGAACUUGUGUCGCCCUCCUGGGGGUCUACAUGUACCUCAAGCAGGAGACGGACGUAGACAUAUCGUCCGUCGGAUGGUUGCCUGCCACAUGUUUGUCCAUAUAUGUGCUGAUGCAUUCGUUUGGCUUGAAUCCGCUGCCGUAUGUGGUGCUCUCUGAGAUCGCGGCUCCGAGGAUCAGAGGUCUGGCUGCCAUUGCCAUGUACACAAUGGUCUGCGUCACUGCAACCAUCCUGACCAAACUGUACCCAACCAUGUCGGAGUCCAUGGGAGUGUACGGCACCUUCUGGUUCUUUGCAGCUGCGUGUCUGACUUGCAGCCUCGUGGGAUGGUGGCUGCUGCCGGAAACCAAGGGACGACCUUUGGAGGACAUCCUCAAGGAACUCAACGGUGGAAAGGAUGUCUUCGUUAGCAGCUCACAAUGACGCGUUCUACUUGUGCCGAAGAUAUUUCUGACGUGUUUACACAUAACGUUUAGUCUGCCACGUUCAGGUCCACCCUGCACGAGAGUGAUGUUUCCACAAUACUUCUACAUAUGUUGGACUGCACCCCUUCUGGAGGACUGAUCCGAAAUAUGUUGCAAAAUUACGGUCUGAACCUACUACGUACACAUAUUGUCGCGACGUCAGGCUUUGACCCAAAUUCUGCUGCCCAGAAACAUUUAAUCUGUGCAAGUGACUAUUCGCCGACAAAACAUGACACGUCAACUUAAACUGUACCGAAGAAACAUGUGUAUUUUGGCCAGUAGAGAACUGGAGUCCGCGUAUUCACAAGGUGAUCGUGCCUAGUCUUCAUUAUCGAUUUCAUCCAAAUGUAUGGUACAUACAGGGCUUGGCCAAAAAUUGAGAGUGAUAUUAAUGGGAGUCAGACGCGGGCCUGGCGAGAGAUGAGUCAUUUGUGUUACUGUAGUUCCCAGGCCGCGGAUGGCGCG